AUGGCAACUGAAACUACCGAAGGAGUUGAAGCGGCACAGAUGUGGGUAAUGACCGUUAUAUCUGUAGUUCUUGGUCGAGCAUUCCACUAUGUUGAUGGCAUCAUCCCAUUCGGCUUUGGUGGUACUGAUUUUCCAGUUGAUGACAUUGCUGCGGCAUGUCUGUUGGUUUAUUAUGGGGUUACUACAUUACUUGAUGCAGCCUCAGGUGAUGAUGAAAAGAUCAAUGAGGAGCAAGAGGAGGCCGAGUUAGCAGUAUCGAAAUUUUCUGGAAAUGGUUUGGGUGUCAUGUCUGCUGCUGGUAUUAUCACUAGCACAUUCGUAUUGGUUUUUGUCGCUGAAUGGGGUGAUAAAUCAUUUUUCUCCACAAUUGCACUUGCGGCAGCUUCAUCCCCUCUGGGUGUCAUUGCAGGAUCACUUGCUGGUCAUGCCAUUGCAACAUUGAUUGCAGUUCUUGGUGGCUCUUUGCUGGGAACAUUCCUGUCUGAAAAGAUUGUAGCAUACAUUGGAGGGAGCCUGUUCUUGGCCUUUGCUGCGAUUACCAUAGUUGAGAUAGUGACUUGA